AUGACUGUCACAUACACAGCCAGGGUUGCAAAUGCCCGUUUUUGUGGCUUCUCCAAGCUGCUUUUGGCCUGGAAAGGCAGCAUCUACAAGGUGCUGUAUAAAGAGUUCCUGGCUUUCUUCGCCAUGUACACCGCUAUUAGCAUCACGUACAGAUCUUUCCUGUAUGAUGACCAAAAGAGGUAUUUUGAAAAGUUGGCAAUUUAUUGCAACCACUAUGCCAGUCUCAUCCCCAUGUCGUUUGUAUUGGGUUUCUAUGUGACCCUGGUGGUGAACAGGUGGUGGAACCAAUACAGCAGCAUCCCGCUCCCUGACAGGCUCAUGUGUGUCCUGUCAGGGGGCCUGCAGGGAAGCGACGAGCGAGGCCGCCUGCUGAGACGAACCAUGAUGAGAUAUGCCAGUCUGUCGGCUCUGCUCAUCCUCCGUUCCGUCAGCACGGCCGUAUUCAAACGUUUCCCUACCAUGGACCACGUGGUGGAGGCUGGAUUCAUGUCGAGAGAGGAAAGAAAGAAGUUUGAGGGUCUUCAUUCUCCUUAUAACAAAUACUGGAUCCCCUGCGUUUGGUUCACCAACCUGGCAGCUGUGGCUCGCUGCGAGGGCCGGAUCAAAGACGAUCACACGCUCAAACUACUCCUGGAGGAGCUAAAUGCAUUCAGAGGAAAGUGCAGCAUGUUAUUCCACUACGACAUGAUCAGUGUUCCCCUAGUCUACACUCAGGUGGUGACUUUAGCGGUCUAUAGUUUUUUCUUGGUGUGUCUAAUUGGUCGUCAGUUCCUGGACCCCAGUCAAGGCUAUCCAGGUCAUGACCUGGACCUUUACAUUCCCAUCUUCACUCUGCUACAGUUCUUCUUCUAUGCUGGGUGGCUAAAGGUAGCAGAGCAGCUGAUUAACCCCUUUGGAGAAGACGAUGAUGACUUUGAGACCAACUGGCUGAUAGACAGAAAUUUCCAGGUGUCUAUGAUGGCGGUGGAUGACAUGUAUGGAGAUCUGCCGAUGAUGGAGAGAGAUCGCUACUGGAACGACUCCAACCCCAGACCCCCCUACACUGCUGCCACUCUGUUUGUCCUCCGCAAACCCUCCUUCCAGGGGUCCACUUUUGACAUGGCAAUCCCUAAAGAGGAGAUGCACUUCCAGCCUCUGGAGGACAUAGCUGAGAACCUGGAGGAGUCAGGCAGUCGUCACCCCAACAUGGCCCUCUUCAAUCGUUUACUCGGCGCGGCCCCCUCUCCCACCGGUCUCAUGGGAGGUGCUCUGCGCCGCACCUCAGCACAACUCCAGAGGCUACGCCACUCUCCCAGCAUCGAUCAAUGCACCAGCGAUGAUGAUGAUGACAAUGAAAGUGUUAAAAUAGGUAAAGGUGGGUCUCUUCCCUCAGGGUUGGGACAGGACACUCAGAGUACUAUCUGCAGUUUCAGGGAUGAAAAGAACCCCACCACACCUCUGCUGGACAUUCAGUUUGGGUUGGAGCAGGAGAGCCAAGAAGGGCACCCAGUCGUAAAUGAGAAGACGGAGGUGACAGGAGUGGAGGAGAGGAUUCAUGAAGAGUGGGAGAUGAUGGUGGAAAGAGAAAAUGAAGAUAAUUUAAGUGAGGGUACCCAAGCUAUGUCACUGCUACCUCCACCCCCCCAGUUCUCCAGACCAACACCCAUUCGACCAGUAUCUGCAAUCUCUUCCUUAACCUCCCGUCAGCCCUCUGCCUUCCUGUUUCAUCCAUCUGUCCACUCAAGUUUGGAGCACUGCAGCUCCCAGCCAGCUAUCAACCAAAACAGGGCUGUGCCCACCAUUCCUAGACCCCCAUUUGGUGGAAGCAAAAUGUCUUUCCUCACAGUGCCAUCGUAUGAUGAACCUCAGCGUUUCCGCAGCGUGAGCAUGGGGUCAGAGCUCACUGGGUCUUAA